AUGAAGUCGCAUCUGGAUCUAAGUCGUAAUCAAAUGGAUUUUCUUAAAGGAUUUUUAGAUCCAUAUAUUAAAAUACCGAAUAGAGAAUAUGUACGGAAUUACUGUAAUGAUCUACUUCCGGCUACUAGUGUACCAACUAAACUCGAAUAUCGAAAAAAGACCGGUCACGACGGAGCUGGUAACAUGUCUAUUUAUAAAUCAAAGGAUAUGCCAAUGCAGAAUACGAAUAUUUUUAGUAAAAUGUUCGUACCGUUGUCGCUGAAAGAUUCAACGGGAGAGGUUGUAUGGAGAAAUGAAUCUCCUAAUAGUUCACAUUGGUGUCGUCCGUUAGGAUUAAUAGCUGAGAAAGAAUCUGCUGAAUUAUUAUGGUUUGUCAAUGGUGUUUUUGAACCAGGAGAGACGAGUCAAAGGCAAAAUGGCGUCAAAGUCGAAUAUAAUAAUGUACAAUACGAACUGUUUGUUAUGUACAACACGACCGACAGACCGGAAAGAUCCAGAUUAGAUAAAAGAAAUUUAUUAUUUCGCGGUAGAUAG